UUUUUAUACGGAUCAUUUAUUAAAUGAAUUAUUAGAAUCCAUGUAAUCUCAUCGUCUGAGCUUUCUAUUUACCGAAAACAUGCACAGUCCUUGUCUACUGCAUUGGAUGAUGUAGUGGACUUGCCUCUGGCACCAUUUCAGGCUUUAAGGUGUUAUUAUAUCAUGCAUGUAAGAGGGGGGAAGACACUAUAAAAACUUCACACUCAGUUUCAGGGGAUUCUGGUAAAUAAACCCACAAUAUAAUUAGACACUUUUUUUGUCAGUGCAAGCAAAACGCUCUAGUUAUAAUUCAUUUCUGUUCCCCUUUUCUGAAACGUCUCAGUUCAUUGGAGUCAAAUGCAGAAGUAACACUCAUCGAAAACAGCAAUUCAUUUUGACUAAAGCAGAAGGACAGAAGUCUUCAGUCAGUUUAUUGAUCGUCUCCAUCAGAGUAAACUCAGAAUGAAGAUCCAACAGGUCGUCUUCUUGGUGUUGUCAGAUAAGGAUUCAUUAACUGGAUCUGCCUUAAUGAUAAUAAUAAUACUAAUCAUUAAUAUUAUUAAUCCUGCAGCACUGUUUCUGUCUAUCAUGGACAAACUUUUCUGUUUGUACUCUGUGUUUAUGCCAUUUGCAUUCCUGGAAGAUUACAGAUUCAGACCAAACAUAAUAAUUUUAAUAUGUAGUAAUAUUAACAACAUUACAUCUGUACUAUCACAUAGUAGUACACACUUUAUGCUGAUGAUACAGUUCUCUGACACUGCACAGAUGACCACUGACUUACUCCAACAAGAGCUUCACAAAAUCAAAAAUGCACUCUUCAAUCUGAAAUUAUUUUGGAUUCCAGGUUAAACUAAAUAUGUGCUUUUCACUAGAUGCCUUAUUUUGAAAAUGAGAUGAAGCGAGUGGACUUCCUGUUGAGAUUUGAGCUUGGGUCCACAAGGCUUUUUUGUAGCUCUUAUGAUGACCCAUAUGCAGACCAAAAUUCAUAAACCUAGGCUGAAUUGUGUGCAGGGGCUGAAUGUUUUAAUGGAAAAUUCAAAAAAUCCAAGGUGGAAAUGUUCAAUUGUAAGAAAGGGGCACAAUGGGAUAAAUAUGACACUGGUGUAUAAAUGUAUUCAGGAUCAAUGUGUGAUCAUGACUAUUAAGUUUGGUGAUGACUGACAGAAGCAUUAAAAUGUUGUAAGGCAUUAUUGGUGAAUUUUCACAGUAAAAAAAGGUAGAAAAUAUAGUUUCAGUUUGGGCUCUGGUCACAGCCCUGCCCUUUGAUGACAUCUUGCAGUUUGCUCAAAUUGAGAUCCCUAGGUUGUCUAGAAUAGGCAAAAAAAAAAUCUAGAGUCAAUUGGAUGAAAUCCCGCAGACUAAUUUGUUAGAAUAUGAAACUUGCAAAUCAACUUGUGUAGUGUGCUUCCUGUACAUUUUAGAGGAUGGCCCCAAGAGACUUUUUUUUCCGUCUUAUCCUGAUACAUGUGUGUACUGAUUUUUACUCUUACCCAGUCACCUAUCUUACAUUUGUGGCCCCUGUGGGGCCCCUGCUUGAUGGACUUGAACAAUUCCACCAAAAUACAAACAUUUCCACUGGGGGACAAUUUUAUGUAAAGUUUGGUGAGUUUUUGAGCAUGUUAACGCCCCCGAAUUAAACUCUUCUGACAGAAGCAUACAGAUACAAGAAGGGUCCUCGUCGACCCUAAGUCGAUGCUCGGGCACAAAGAAAAACCGGAGUGUCAGUCUGACAAACAAGCAGAAUCAACCUGAAUGAGAGGAGCAUGGUUUAAUCCGGAAAUGUGAUCAUCAACUCAAGAUUUUGGGGCAAGCAGAUAUUUAGAGUACAGAGAAAAUCUAAGAACAAUGAGGCAGUUUAGAGCACAAAGGCAGGUUUGGAUGGAAAGUUUGAAGAAAAAUCUGAGACCAAAGUCAACAUGUCAUGAUCUCCAAAGAUAUCGUACUGGCAGUUCUGGCAGUCAGCACUGAUGCUGAUCUUCUGAUUCUCCCACAGCUCUGUGUCCUGUCACUGCCAAACUCAACAUCUACACUGGAGCUACAGGAGGAAAUGGGAAGAUUUGUUGUAGAUUCACAGGGCGUGAUGACAAGAAGUUCUUCUGCAAGGAUGAAACGCAUUGUUGAAACGCAUCAUGUCAGGGCUGUGAAUGGCAGAUACAGCAUCAGUUACACAGAGGUAUCCACAGCAGGAAGUAGCUCUGAGAAGAGCAAUUUGGCAGUGACCAUCAGAAACCUGAUGAAGUCUGACUCAGCACGCUACAGGUGUGGGAUCGGAGAGAUCAACGCUCCAUGGGAUUUCUCAGAUUUUGAGGUCAGAGUUGUUGAUGAUCUGGUUCAUGGAAACACUUCUUUUGCUUAUACCAACAUUGAAGGAGAAAACAUCACACAUGGAUGCAGUAGUGAUCUAGGCCCUGGAGUGUGGAAGUUCCUCUGUAGAGACAACUGCAGUAAAACAGAAGAUGUUCUUCUUGAAACCAAUAAUGCUGCUCAGAGCAGCCGAUUCAGCCUUGAAUUUAAAGAAAAUUCAUUGUACGGGCUGUAUGUGACGAUCUCAAAUGUGACCAGGUCUGACACUGGAUGGUACAGGUGUGGAUACGGCAGAGCGCUGUCUUCAGCUUCAUUCAACACCUUCCCUCUCAUCGUCAUCCCUGAUCCCAGUUCCACUUGGAGUCCGGAAGAGGCUUCUUCUGGUGAUGAGCAGCACAGCAACUUCCCAACAGGUGCUAUGCUGUAUGUGGUCGUGGUUCUGGCCGUCAUCAUCUUCGUCUUGGGGCUGACGCUGACUCUCGUCUGUGUUCAAAAGAACAUCACACCCCAUGAUUUGAACAGCAGAGGACACAGAGACACCGUGACCACGGAGGCCCGGUCCAAUGAGUACCAUUCUCCUGCCCCAGGCUGUGAAGUGACCAUCUAUGAGAAUCUGGAUCUGGCCAAAAAGGGCCAACGCUACCACAACCUGGGCUGAAAAUCACAGGGUGCUGCUGGGUCUAGCCCCAUAUUAAUUGAGUCCUAUUCAGCCAGUUUACAUAGAAAGACAUCAGACAGAGCUGUAGUCAUCAGGAGGGGGAUUCAGUAAAAUCUAGACCCUGAUUUGCAAAAAACUACCUAAAAAGAGUCAAUAAUUAAAACAUCUUUGAUCAGUUAUGGUCAAGAUCUUUGUUCAGUCAUGGUCCAGAACUUUCUUUAAUACUUCCAUACUUUUUUUAGGUAAAUGACAGAAACAGAAACAGCUACACAUCUGAUUUUAUGAGAUUCUGAGUAUAAAAAGUACUAUUAGUGCUGUCUUCCUCUCACACCCUUUUUUUUUUCAUUUUUUUUUUUUCAUUUUCUGUUUUGGAAUGUUUUUAGGAGAACCCCAUCACAGUGUUAUGAUCAUUUACCUACCCAGAGUUCCUUGUUUUAUUUCAAAAUAGCUUUCAAAAAGCUCUGGUGUUGAUUGUUUUG